AUGUCUGCGCCCAACAUCGUCCCCAUCGGCUCAGACUCAGAGUCGGAUUUCUCCGAAGGAGACAUGUCCGAAGGUGGCAUGCAGCUCGAUCCGCCCAACCUAGCACACAGUGAAUUCCUGACAGCGGGGGUGCCGGCUGUGUCUGAUGCUCACGAAUUACAAGGCACUUAUUCAACUGUUGCCCCGGACCCGUUCUCGCCUUCGUAUCUCCGCUCCCAAGCUCGAGCCGACCGAGAGGACCGCCAGUCCCAGCAUAUCCGCGAAGAGAAGCAUGCGGCGCUGGCGGUGCUAAUGAAUCGAGAGCUGCUGCUAACGCAUGCGCUGAGUUCGCGCGAGACAAUCCCCCAAACCCGCCGCCGCUUCUUCGCAAAACUCAUCGCCCCAGACGACCCCGCCGAGGCCGAGAAGAUCCAAGCUGAGCGCUUCGUCAUCCCGUCCUCGGACUCGGGCGACCUCCCCGGCUCGACGACCGCCGGGCCCAGCAACGCCAGCGUCCGCGGCGGCUGGCCGGUCCUGGUGCCGGGGAAGUACCACUGGACCAUCAACAAUGAUGUCUCUGGCUGGCGGAAUCCGCGGGCUGGAAUUGGGAUUGGGACUGGGGCCGGUGCUGUGCGCAAGGCUCGGGCUGGCGGGUCCAGAUCGGCGUCUGGGUCGGCGGCUGGGUCACGCUCGGGGUCUCGAUCUAAGGCUGGGUCGGCGUCGCCGGCUCAGAGGGCUGUGUCUCGGUCUUGA